GCUAAGCUCAAGAAGGAACAAACCUUCCAAGAGCGCGUACCCUCGCUCUACCACGACUUCCGCGACCUCUUCGAUAAAGAGCACUUCGACAAACUUUCACCGCAGACCGAGUGGAGUCACGUCAUUGAGCUCAUUCAAGGCGCACGGCCGGUGGACUGCAAGGUCUACCCCCUCACGCUCGCAGAACAAGACGAACUCCGCAAGUUCAUCGAGGAGAACCUCACGUCCGGCCGUAUCCGCCCGUCCAAGUCACCCAUGGCUUCUCCCUUCUUCUUCAUCAAAAAGAAGGAUGGUUCUCUGCGCCCCGUUCAGGACUACCGCAAGCUUAACGAGAUGACUGUGAAGAAUUGCUACCCGCUACCACUCAUCCAAGAGCUUCUCGACAAGCUCAAGGGCGCCCGCUACUUCACCAAGUUGGACGUUCGCUGGGGGUACAACAACGUGCGCAUUAAGGAGGGUGACGAGUGGAAGGCCGCAUUCCGCACCAACAUGGGCCUCUUUGAACCGACCGUCAUGUUCUUUGGCCUCACCAACUCGCCCGCCACGUUCCAAGCCAUGAUGAACGAGCUGUUCCGUGACCUCAUUCACGAAGGCGUUGUUGUUGUCUAUCUUGACGACAUUCUCAUCUUCACUAAGACACUCGAGGAGCAUCGGCGCGUUACACGCGAGGUCUUGCGCAUACUACGGGAGAACAAGCUUUAUCUCAAGCCUGAGAAGUGCGAGUUCGAACAGACGAAGAUCGAGUACCUUGGCAUGAUCGUUGAGGAGGGACACCUCGCAUUCGAAGAACUCAAGCUUCGCGUUACAUCUGAGCCCGUGCUCGUCAUCCCAGUCGAUGACUCCCCGUUUAGGGUGGAGGCCGAUGCCUCGGACUUCGCAACGGGUGCCGUACUCUCGCAGAAGGCCACAGACGGCAAAUGGCACCCCGUGGCCUAUUUCUCCAAGUCACUAAGCGAGGCCGAACGCAACUACGAGAUCUACGACAAGGAGCUUCUUGCCAUCAUGCUCGCACUAGAGGAAUGGCGCCAGUACCUCCUGGGCGCCCGCCACACAUUUGAGAUCUGGUCAGAUCACCAGAAUCUCACGUACUUCUGCGAAGCCCGCCGUCUCAAUCGUCGCCAAGCCCGCUGGUUCACCGAAAUGCAGGAGUACGACUUUACGCUCCACCACAAGCCCGGCGGCCUCAUGGGUCGUCCUGACGCGCUUUCGUGCGAAGCAGGACAUGAGAGGGGGGAGAACGAUAACCAGGACGUUGUCCUGCUCAAACCCGAGUUUUUCCGUGUCCUACUUCGCACUACAGCACUCGAUUUCGCCGGCGAAGACGAGCCCACGAUCCGGCGCAUCAAAGACUGUACCGUCGAGCGAGAGGAAUCUGUCGAGCUUGCCUUGCUCAUCAAGAAUCCGCGUUGGAAAGAGCACGCAGACGGCCUACUCACGCACGACGACCGCAUCUAUGUGCUGCCUAACGAAGCCUUACGUGCGGAUAUCAUUAAAGCGCACCAUGACUCGCUCGCCGCAGGACACCCAGGACACUACAAGACAGAGGAGCUUAUCACACGAACGUAUUGGUGGCCCAGCAUUAGGAAGGACGUAGGACGCUAUGUGGCAGGAUGCCAGCUCUGCCAGCGCAUCAAGUACCGA